AUGGAGAAACAAAUAAAUGGAAAAACAAGAACAAAUGAUGAAAAAAAAAAUCAAGAAUCUCAUGAAGCACAAGCAAAUAUGUGGAAAUUUGUGUUUGGUUUCACAGAAAUGGCUGUGAUUAAAUGUGCCAUUGAAUUAGGAAUUACUGAUUUUUUGGAAAAAAAUCAAGAACCUAUUAGCCUAAAUCAACUUUCUAUUGCACUUGGUUGUUGUUAUUCUUCCCUCUAUCGUAUCCUAAGGUUCUUGAUCAACCGUGGAAUAUUCAAGGAGACAUCAACCAAAAGCGGCAAAAGCGGCUAUGUUCAAACGCCUCUUUCCCGCCUUCUCAUUAAAGAAGGCGAGAAUAGCAUGGCUGCUUUCCUGCUAUUUGAAAACAGCCCUGUGAUGUUGGCAUCGUGGCACAAUCUUAGUGCACGUAUUUCAUCAAAGGACAAUAGUAUGUCCUCCUUUGAAGCAGCUCAUGGAAAGGAUGUCUGGAAGUACGCGGAAGCUGACCCUAAACACAGUAACCUCUUGAACAACGCAAUGGCGUGUGAUGCUAGGGUAGCAGUAUCUGCAAUUAUCGACGGUUGCCCCGAGAUAUUCGAGGGGGUGAACACGGUGGUUGAUGUUGGUGGUGGUGAUGGAACAACACUUAGAUUAUUGGUGGAGGCUUUUCCUUGGAUUAAUGGGAUUAAUUUUGAUCAACCUCAUGUUGCUUCUGUUGCACCUCAUGCUAUUGGUGUUGUACAUGUUGGAGGUGACAUGUUUAAUUAUGUUCCCAAAGCUGAUGCUGCCUUCCUCAUGUGGGUUUUACAUGAUUGGAGUGAUGAAGAAUGCAUACAAAUAUUAACAAAGUGUAGAGAAGCAAUUCCACAAGAUAAUGGGAAAGUGAUAAUAUUGGAAGCAAUAAUUGGUGAAAAAGAAGAAAAUAUUAUAAGAGGAUCAAAUAAUAAGAAGCUCAAAGAUGUUGGUUUAAUGUUGGAUAUGGUGAUGAUGGCUCACACAAGCAAUGGAAAAGAGAGAACUACAAAAGAAUGGGCUUAUGUUUUGAAUGAAGCUGGAUUUAAUAAACACACAAUUAGUCACAUUAAUGCUGUUCAAUCUGUUAUUCAAGCUUAUCCUUCUUGAUUUUUACAGUGUUUGGAGACGGAUUUAGAAUGUAAACUCUGUUGAUUUAUCUAUAAGGUUCUUAAAAAGCAUUGAAGUCGUUGUAUUUUUGAAAUUAUGAAUUUAAAUCUGCUAUUUGUUG